GUGACAUUAAAAUGAAUUCAGUGACAAAUCUAACAGAAUUACCUAUAGAAAUUCUACUUAAAAUAUUUAAAUAUGUUGGCAAUCGAUGGAAUCUUUCUACUGUGUCAUUGCAAUUCUAUGACAUUGUUUGUGAAAUCGAAAAAGAGAAAUUUUGUUUAAAACUUAUUGAUAUUAAAGAUGAUGAUAAGUAUUUAUCUAUUAUGAACACUAAGAGAACUUUCAAUCAUAUUAAGAUUGUAAACUGCAGAUCGCUUGACCAUCACGUGAUUUUACGGAUUAAAGAAGUUCUCGGAAAGUUUGAGGAAAAAGUAAAAACAUUUGAGAUAAAUAGUUCAACAUUUCAUGAAAACGAAGUUGUAGACAUACUUAAUGAGCUUCAAAAUGUUGAAAACAUUAUUUUCUAUGAUCUUGAAUAUUCCAGUACUGAUGAAUCGAAUGGAAUUCUAAAGUUGAACAAUUUGCAGAAGUUCAGUUUUCAUUUAUGCAAUGUGAAGAUUCCGGAUAUUGUUCUGAAACUACCAGACUCUACUGUCCAAAGUUUAGUAAUUGAAAAUUGUAUUUUAAAACAUCAAACACUCGAAAAGAUUUUCGGAAAUCAAGGAAACAUCAGAGAACUAGAAUUCGAUCCUUAUUAUGUCAAGCCGCAAUCGAUGGAACAUUUGAAGCUGAGGAAUGUCAAACUCAUGUGUAAUCGCAAUGUUGCUGCAUUGUUGAAGAAUCAACGGGGACUUGAAAACUUAGAUCUUUCAAGAGCUCACAUAAGUGACAGUGAAUUCUCAAUCAUUUGCACUCUCGACAAUUUAAAGUGUUUGAAACUUUGGAUCGAUCGAGUUUCAUGUGACAUUCUGUACAAUUUACGAAACUUGUCGAAAUUGAAUGAGUUGAUGUUGAACUAUGAUCGCUUGGAAAUUGAAUAUAUUAGGAAUAUUAGUACAAUAAAAAUUCCUUCUCUACGAAAGUUGAAAAUAAAAUUUCCACGAUUGAAAAUUCUUUCUGAAAGUUUUUCUGAAAUAUCAUUAAACAUGCCAAAUAUUAAUUAUCUUAACAUCAGUAAUCAAUCAAUAGGUGUUCUUGGAACUUUAAUUGAUAGCUUUAAAAACCUUGAAACGCUGAUUCUUGGCUGUGAUUCUGAUUCACCAGAAGUUGUUGAUUUUCCGCUCAAUAAUGUGCAACACUUGAAGCUCAAGGAACUUUGCCUGCACAGUUCAUAUGUUGAUCAAAAGACUUUCAAGUGCUCAAACACGAUUCUCGAGAUCAUUAACCACUCCCUCAUCAACCUUGAGAAGUUAAAAUUGCGAAAUGUCAUCGCACUCGACUGUCAUCAACUCGAGCGAAUCUUUUCUAGUCACCAAAAACUUUCGCACUUUUUCAUCAUCACCUGCAAUCCUGAAGUAGAAUUCAACGAUGAUUUUGUAAAAAUUUUACGUAAUUAUCACAAACAAUUAAAUUAUUUCCAAUCCCGCGGAUCUAAAAUCAAAAUUCAUAAGAAAAAUCUAGAAAAAAAUUUCAUCAAAGAAUUUUCCUUCGUGAAAAUUCGACCAUGGGAAAGUCAAAUAGUUUUAAAAAACUUCAAGUGGUUACAUGCUGAUGAUGACUGA